AGCAGCGCACGCGGCGUCCCAAUGAACCCUCGCGCGCGCGGCUCCUCCAACGUACAAUGGAUUAACAGGAAAGACAUGAGCGCGCGCACGGAGGACGGGGUGAGCCUGUGCCAGCGGGCGCUUCAGAUCAUCACCGAGCUGUGCCUCGCCGGCCACGUCGACCGGGAGAAAUGCGCCGACAUCUUUCCGACCGAGAGCAACAUACCAGACAUCUCUGUAAGUCUCCUAGCUGUGCUCGUGGGUUUCUGUGGACUCGCCUUGUUGGUAGUCUCUCUCUUUGUGUUUUGGAAGCUGUGCUGGCCCAUCUGGAGAAGCAAGGCGCUCUCCUCACACAGCGAGACAGUUUCCCAAGGGGUGUUGCCCGAGGCACCAGCACCUGCACAUCAUGUCCGACCAUCUCUUCCGGAGCGGCAGGUCUCACAGGUUGAGAAGCAGGAGAAGAAAGUGGAGGAGGAGGAGCAGAGAAGAAAGGUGCCUGAGGUGAAGGUAAACGGUCAUAGUUCAGUGAGGUCACUAGAAGCAGCCAUGAAGAUCAGUCAGACAUCUCCAGACAUCCCAGCUGAGGUGCAACAGACAAUUCGCGAUCGUCUCAGUAAGAAGGCCAAGAUUCAGAAGCAGAGUACUGAACCCACCUCCUUCUCCAGACACAAUUCCUUCCGUCGCCAUCUCCGACGGCAGAUGAAUGUCACCAGUGUGGACUUCCCCAUGGACACUCUACCAGUGAGACAGUCCUCAGCAGUAAGCAUUGGGCGCAUAAAGCCAGAACUCUACAAGCAGAAGUCGGUGGACUCAGAGGAAGGGAACAAGGAGCCGGUGGAGACAUGUGGCAAGCUUAGCUUUGCACUGAAAUACAACUACGAGGAGCAGGCUUUAGUUGUGCGUAUCCUUAAAGCCCUGGACCUGCCGGCCAAAGACUUCACCGGUACCUCUGACCCCUACGUAAAGAUCUACUUGCUCCCUGAGCGUAAAAAGAAGUUCCAGACACGGGUUCAUCGAAAGACACUGAACCCCACCUUUGACGAGGUGUUCUGUUUCCCGGUGGAGUACGAUCAGCUGUGUAACCGCAAGUUGCACUUCAGCGUCUACGAUUUUGACCGUUUCACAAGUCAUGACAUGAUUGGCGAGGUAGUUGUGGACAACUUGUUUGAGCUCUCAGACCUGUCACGUGAGGCUGUGGUCUGGAAGGACAUUCUCGCAUCCACCACAGAGAGUGUGGAUUUAGGGGAAAUUAUGUACUCCCUCUGCUACCUUCCCACGGCUGGCCGCAUGACUCUGACCGUCAUCAAGUGCCGAAAUUUGAAAGCCAUGGACAUCACUGGCUCCUCUGACCCGUAUGUUAAAGUGUCACUGAUCUGUGAUGGUAGAAGGCUAAAGAAACGGAAAACCACCACUAAAAAGAGCACACUCAACCCUGUGUACAAUGAGGCCAUCAUCUUUGACAUCCCUCCGGAGAACGUGGAGCAGGUCAGCCUGUCGAUUAUGGUGAUGGAUUAUGACCGAGUUGGACACAAUGAGGUGAUCGGGGUGUGUCGGACAGGCCCUGAUGCUGAGGGUCUGGGUCGAGACCACUGGAACGAGAUGUUGGCCUACCCACGCAAGCCCAUCACCCACUGGCAUGCCCUGUGUGAGUGGCCAGGAAGAGGAUCCAGUUUUGAAAGCCAGGGUUCUUGCCCGUCCCCAAAAGCUCCACAGACUCCAUAACCUCGACGUCAACGAGAUCCCGAAUGUCCAAAAUUGUUUCUACUUAGUGGCCAUGUUUUUGGUUUGCCAGUUAUCUCUUCUUUUUUUUUUCUCUCUUUUGUUGUAGCUUGUAAAAUGACUUUAUUUUCCCUAACGAUAAAAUGCAGUGCAAAUAGUCCAUGUACACACAACUAAUGUGACUCUAUUACCUCCAGAACUUGUGCUGAAAGCAUGCGGGUUAAAAGCAAUGGGUAAUGCAACAAGUUUGUUGAUUGCUUAAGAGAUGGAAUGUGAUGAUUGACAGUACAUAAUGAUAGUACAUUAGUGACAUAUCAUUUAAAAGCUUUUAAAAUUUUGUCUUUUGCAUAAUAUAAAAAACUGAUAAAAAUAUUUGAUGUUUUAAAUAUUUAUUUUUUUAAAUGACCCAUAGUGGUACCAUGCACAUUUUAAAUCUAACCUUAUUCUGUGUGUGAUUGGAAGUUGUGAGCAGCAGUGUUGAGCCCUGAAUAGUCACCCGACUGAUGUAGAUGUCAACACAUAUGGUAAAAAUGUAUGCAAAUGUUUAAUACUCUGGCUUUAUUGUAACAUAUACACAGUAUUUAUUACUCUUGUAAAGUGAAUAAUAAUUUUAGUUAUGUUUUUCAACUUUCCAUUUAGUAUAAUUAGUAAUCACAUGUUGAAAUUACACUGGAUAUUAAUGCUUGUUUUCAAAAUACUGUAUAGCAUAUAAUUAACAAAAAAAUUGGUCAUUUUAGUGCUUUAGAAACAUUGCAUUCUUCAAUUCUGAAGUUUGUCUUAAAUUUUGAAGAUGCACAGACCAUUUUAUCCAACAAAUAUAGAAAAAUAUAUAAAUAAUUAAUUUUGAUCAGCAAUUUCUUGAAUUUGGGAAAGACCUCAGGCUUACGAAAGCAAUUCAGGGUAGUGGUGCUUCUACAAUCUGACAAGAAUCAGAGAACCCAGCAAGCCAUAUGUCCGAUUAGAACCUGCAAAAAAAUGUGAGAAGAGAGAUCUUUCUUUAGUUUAGGGAAAUUAACGAGCAUUUUAGGAAACAGUUUGCAGCAUGGAGGAAUGGUGAUCUGUCAACCUCAUGAUGUAUUCAUUGCAGUACAGAUUUUGCAAAUGUGGAAUUCACAGUAGCAGAUAAUGUAGCUUAAGGAUUUAUUUUGGUAAGUCAUCAAAUGCACAACAUAGUAAAUUAUCAAAAAGUUCUAUUUACCAAAAAAAAAAAAGAAAUUCCUUUUUAACAAUCUUUUUCAUUCAGUCUCCUGUAUAUCAAUGAAUAUGCAUUGAUGCACAUAAGCAUAAUGCAGAGAAUGCUUUUUGCAUCCAUAGAAGUGUUUAAAGGCCCAUUACUAAGGUGUGUUCUUAGUUAUUACAUGAUUUUUAACUAAUCAAAUCAAAAUGUGGUAGAAUUAAAAACAGUUUUGUCAGCAGUGACAAACGGUUAAGUUUCAUACACAAAUUUGUAUCAGCAAUAAUGUAUUUUUAAACACAAAAAAUAAAUAUGUUCCAUUUUAAUAGUGAAAUAAUAAAAUCAACAUUCUUGAUAAUGAGCUCAUUUUAAGAUGUUUACAUACGAUGAAGUGGUGCAUCCCAGGGAAUUAUUUUAUUUAAAAUAAAGUAGUAAAAAAAACAUUCAUAUGUAUUUAAAAAAGGUAAAUUGAGCUCCAUAAAUUAUGGUAUAUGGAGUUAAUAGCAAAAUGUAGCUCAGAUUGACUUAAGUUUUUUUUUUUAUUAUAAUUUUUAUUUUAUAACUUGUUUUUAAUUGAAUAACAAAACAGGCAUAUGGAAAAAAUCAGAUGCUUAGAAAUUUAGUUUUUCCCAGUGGGUUGCUCAAAAACAGCUGAUGCAUCAUUAAAACUAGAACACCUUGUGAUUAUGCAAAUUAGUCUCAUUAAUUAAAUUUAUAUGCACAGCCUUGGACCAAAGGUGUAAUGCAGAAUUUAUAUUAUAAUUUUCUGUUCCCAUUUUACGAGUGAUAUAAUGUUACCAUAGCAAUGUAACAUUAGUAGUGUCAAUUAAUGACGUGUAGACUUUGAAAUCAUCUCGCGCAAUUGGCUACUGAAAGUGCUUUGAAGAAGUAAUCCUAUGAACAUGGCAAAUAUCUAAAGGCUGUGUACUGUUAUCUUUACUUUGCACAGAAAGACUAUGUUUUUGCCCCAGUAAAUCAUAAGUGAUAGAUUCUUGUAGCAUGUUGACACCUGUCUCUCUAUCUCCUUGAUGAUACUAGAACCUUUACAUAUGGAUUCCUGAAUUUUGGAGUUGUCUUUGUAUUUGCACAUAUCCACCGUUUCAGUGCCAACGUGCAUAAAUACUUGAGCAUAAAUACUUGAGUUUCUUGAUUAUGUAAAAGUGCAUUUAUAUGGAUUGUUUGGUGAUAAUUUAUAUG